GACCACAACUCCAUCGAUCUUCCCUGUUCUGCCUGAAAUUUCUCUGCUUAAUUCGCUCCUCUUUCUUCCUUCGAUUCUUCCGUCGCAGUCUUCGUAGUCAAACUUCUUUCCUACGGACCAAUCCACUGACGUUAUCUCCAUUUCUUCGCCAUCAGGUUUGUUCGAUAAAUUUGAGGCGGAGACGGCUAUGGCUCAUAAGGUGGACCACGAGUACGACUAUCUGUUCAAGAUUGUUCUGAUCGGGGAUUCUGGCGUCGGGAAGUCCAACAUUCUUUCUAGAUUUACUAGAAAUGAGUUCUGCUUGGAGUCCAAAUCCACCAUUGGUGUUGAGUUCUCGACCAGGACUCUCCAGGUAGAAGGGAAGACAGUCAAGGCACAGAUCUGGGACACAGCAGGUCAGGAGCGAUACCGAGCGAUUACGAGUGCUUAUUAUAGGGGAGCCGUUGGCGCUCUCCUAGUCUACGAUCUGACAAAGAGACCGACGUUCGAGAAUGUACAAAGAUGGCUACGGGAGCUGAGAGAUCAUGCAGACUCCAACAUCGUGAUUGUGAUGAUUGGAAACAAAUCUGACCUUAGUCAUCUUAGAUCUGUCUCAGAGGAUGAUGGGCAGAGCAUGGCAGAGAAGGAAGGCCUUUCCUUCAUCGAGACAUCAGCCUUGGAUGCCACUAAUAUCGACAAGGCAUUCCAAACCAUCUUGACAGAGAUCUACCAUAUCAUCAGCAAAAAGGCAUUGGCAGCCAAGGAAGCCGCGGCUGCUAGUGUCGCCCGUCCCAGUCAAGGAACCACCAUCGACGUUUCCGAUACUACCGGGGACUCGAACAGAAAGGGUUGCUGUUCUUCUUGAGCAGAUACAGAAAGACAGAACUGAUAAUUCGCAUCAAAGGUUUCUCUUACCCCUUUUUCAUAAUUGAUCUGUUAGUUAUUUUCAACAGUUUCCAAAUUUCUUCCUUAAUUCCUUUACUAACCCAUUCAUAUAACAAUUCCCUUGAGGAAUUUGAUUCGUAUUUGUUCUUCAUCUGCAACUCUUGUUCAGAAAUUCUUACGUUUGUUGGCUUAGCAAUUAAACAGAUAUGAAACAGUUGGGAUUACUGAGUUC